UGCGGGGUGCUGGCACAUUGAGUUCCGGUGCAGUUCAGUGUGUCUCAGUGUACUAAGGGGAGGUGUGCGUAUCCCGGAGGCACGGUACGGACACAUAGCUGCCCCUUUUGUGGUUGUAUAUGCAGCAGCUCUUCAUCCGUAUGGCGAGGGGUUAACCAGGACACUGACCUCCCCCACCCUGACAGAGGAACAGGGUGGCUGGCUCCUGUGCAACUUCCCGCUGUCACUAGGCAGCUUGGAAUUAGGGAAAGGAGGCAUGGAGCAGGGUAGCAGGAUGGAUCAAGCGCAGAUUCUGAGGACUUGUAUUCAGAAAGUUCAGGCAAUGCAUAACAAGGACCAUAAUGGAGAGGAUAACUUCGCUUGUGACUUUAUGAGAUUGAGAAGACUAUCCACAAAGUAUAGAACAGACAAGAUAUACCCCACAAUCACUGGUGAAAAGGAAGAAAAUGUAAAAAAGAACAGAUAUAAGGAUAUCCUUCCAUUUGACCACAGUAGAGUUAAACUCGCAUUAAAAAUUCCUCCACAUGAAUCGGACUACAUCAAUGCAAAUUUUAUCAAGGGUGUUUAUGGGCCAAAGGCAUACAUUGCUACCCAGGGACCACUAGCUAAUACAGUGAUAGAUUUCUGGAGGAUGAUAUGGGAAUAUAAUGUUGUUAUAAUCGUAAUGGCGUGUCGAGAAUUUGAAAUGGGACGGGAAGCUGAGCAAUCCAGGACGGACUACUUUGUCAGGACUUUACUGCUGGAAUGCCAGAAUGAAUCUCGCAGGAUUCAUCAGUUUCACUAUAUCAACUGGCCGGAUCACGAUGUUCCCUCAUCAUUUGAUUCCAUUUUGGACAUGAUCAACUUAAUGCGAGACUACCAGUCUCAUGAAGAUGUACCUAUAUGCAUUCAUUGCAGCGCAGGGUGCGGAAGAACAGGAGCAAUAUGUGCCAUAGAUUACACAUGGAAUCUACUGAAAGCUGGGAGGAUACCAGAAGACUUUGAUGUUUUCAAGUUAAUUCAAGAAAUGAGAACACAAAGGCAUUCAGCUGUACAAACAAAGGAGCAAUACGAACUUGUGCACCGUGCAAUAGCCCAGCUAUUUGAGAAGCAACUUCAAGUGUAUGAAAGUGAAAACACAAAGAUUGUUGAUGGCUUGGAUGAAAACGUUGCCAUCAGCACACUGGAGAAUGAUAAAACAGACUCCCCCCCACCAAAACCACCACGAACACGGAGUUGCCUUGUUGAAGAUGUGAAAGAAGAAAUUUUGCAGCCACCAGAACCUCGUCCAGUGCCACCCAUCUUGACCCCCUCGCCUCCAUCUGCCUAUCCAACUGUGACCACUGUUUGGCAGGACAGUGAUCGUUAUCAUCCCAAACCAGUUUUGCACAUGGUGACAUCUGAAAAUCCAACAGAUAUGAAUGAAAACUACAGCAAAACUGGAGAUGUGAGUGGAAAACAGGAACCUGCCGCUGAGAAGAAGCUUGAAUGCAAGCUUAGUUUUGAGAUAAAGAAAAUUCCUCUGCAAGAGAGCCCCAGAAGUUUCGAGACCAAUACUGGUUUGCAAAGAGGACUUGGCAUAAAAAUUAAAUCUACUUCGUCCUAUGCAAUUGACCAACUAUCAAAAGUUCAAGAGACUAGUUCUCUGGAAUCUAUUGUGGACUUAUCUUCAAAUGCUUGUACUGAUUGUAGAAGUUCAAAGCCUGGUAAAGUUUCAGGAGAUAUGCAACAUCAAAGAAGCUCUGACCCCCUUCCAAGACCAGACCAUCUCCCUCUAGAGAAAGGAUUUGCCAUGGACACUGAGCAUUUAAAAUGUAAAACUGUAUCUUCUGCUGCAGAGAAACCUCUGGAUAUGUGUAUUUCAGAUAGUAAAACUGUCUCAAAUACCACUGUCCAAGCCUCCCAAAGUCAGGCUGAUCGAGGUGGGACUCUGAUACCACAGCCACCUCUGUCCUUUACUAAUCCGUUACAUUCUGAUGACUCUGAUACAGAUGAUUGCAAUUCUUAUGGGUCCAUGGCAAAAAGUUUGUCUAACAUAUCUAUUGCAAGUGGCACUGUGUCUGCUUCUUUGGCAUCGGAAAACCCAUCGGCUAGAAAAGUAUUACCCAUGUCUAUUGCCGCUCCAAAAAAGUCCAAAUCUGAAAAAGGUAAUACUGGAGACAUAGAAGAUACGUUUCCUGAUGCUUCAGAUUCCCUACUACUUAAUUCUACAGAUGUGGGAGGUCAACUGUCCACUGCAUCAGACAUUACAAAUUUUGGUUUAAGUAACAGAGAUGACUCAAGCGAAUCCAUUGAUGCACCUACACAACAAACAUGAUUCAUGCUUUAAGGAUCCCUCUGGUUUGUGUAACGUUAAUUAAAAAGGACAGAGCUUGCCUUUAGAAUGGACAGUAAUCGGUCUACUGAUGUUUCAGCCAUUACUUGUGGACACUGUUCCAUCGGACAAUUUCUGUUGCAAGACCUACUGGCAGAAAAGGACAAAAUGAUGCUAUAAUAAAAGUGCCACAAUUUACCAAGUAUUACAAAAUAUCAGGUUUCCAGUGUGGAUGAACCUACAAGGUGGUACAUUUUAUUGUACAAACUCGUAUAUUAAUUAUUUAAAUUGAUUUAUUCCAGUUCCAAAUGUCCUUUUAUUGCUGGGACCAUAAACCUGCCUUAUAUAACACUUAUGUUAAAAAAAAAAAGUAUUACAUAUGGUUUUGUAACUUAAAAGUAUUAUUGCCUUAAUGUCUUUUAACCGUUACACGCUGCUUGUAGAUCUGUUAAUAUAGUAAGACUUUUAUGAUAGUUUACAGACUACUUUUUGCUAACUUUUGAUUACUAUGUUUGCAUUCUUUUGUAUUUGUACAGGGCAAUCAAGUAUAUAUAUUGUUGCAGUUGCUCAUAAAAUAUUAACAGAAGAUGUAAAAAUCAAAGUAUGGUCUUAAUCUUUUCUUUAUACAGAAUGUAAAUUAUUGGCCCUGAUUUUAGUUUGGUUUUUGUUUUUCUUUUUUUUUUUCUUUUUUUUUUUAAUCAUCAUAGCUGGAAAACAAAACCAGCAGUGCAGGUUAAACCGAUACGAUUGUAAUACAGUUUGUAAAUUGUAAGCUAAAGGUUAUUUUUAUAUUAUAUACUGUUUCACCGUCAA